AUGAUACAGAGGAAAAGACAGAGUAUGUCAAACCUCUCCUUCUAUAGAAAUGAAAACUCCCAUAAAAAUUAGCAACCCCGUCUAGAAUCUUAAUCGAUAUUAACCUAGCACUAAUUAACCAAGGAUGCAUUUACCUAAGAUAACGGAUAAAUUGACGACUAUACUAAUAACAUUUACACAAGACGUAAAUCUCCUACUUAUUUACCAUAAAUAAACAUUCAAUUGGAUAAUUUGUACCUAGCGAAAACCCCUACCAUAAAGAAAGAGUUCCCAAACCGAAAGCCCAGGAAGACUAAAAUGGCUCCAUUUUGGAAUGAGGAAUAUAUUGCGAUGUUGAACUAGAGUGUUUAAUAGGACCUCAUAACUAACAGAAGCUUUGAUCAAACUCAGAACACUUUUAUGAGGAAAAAUGAUAUAGUAUUCAGCAAUAUUUGCAUUUAAAGCUAGGAUUUCAAACCCGCCUCACCAAUUAUAGAGCAGUCUGAAGAAAAAGAGCUACCUAAAAUGAUUGAAUAAAAAAAGAGGAAAGUUCCUAUCCUGCAGUAUCAUGGCUUACUCAAUCAAAAAAAAGGAAAAAAUAUUAAUUUAUUAAACGGAUCUCGACAUAUUAAUUUUGAUGCAAGUUUUGAGACUAAGAAUAAUAUGAAUACUACUUAAAACCCUUAUAUAAAUACUCAAAAUUCAACCACCGCAAACAAUGAAGACUAUAAUACAUAGAAUAAAUAACAAAAGUUUCAAACACCAACUUAUUAUGCAGGUUCAAGACUGCCGGGUAAGCUAGUCAAAAGGCAUAAGUAUUCUCAAAGCUUUUCAGAAAGAUAGUAGUUAGAACUUAGAAAAAAUCUAUUCAAGUCGGUAAAUAAGGAAUUAAUUGAGGAUGUGAGAAAAUUAAUGAAUCAAAGCAGUGAGAGACCAUUCGAGGAAACUGGGAUGCCGAUUUACUCAAAGGAUCGAAGAAGGAUAGAGAAAGAUAUUAUCAUCUAAAACUAUACUAAAAAGCUUGAAAAUCUUAAUAACUAGCCGUAGUCUUAAUUAACGACUGGAUAGUAGGGGAAAAGAAGAAAUAUAUUGAGGUUGAAUUAGUUUGACACUUCUAUAUUAUCGCAAAGUAAUAACUUAGUUGUAGGAACCGCAGGUACUGGCAUUAGUUCAGUCCUAAUGACAGAUGAACAUAUUCCAAUCAGCCCGGUCUCAAUAUCCUAGGAGCUGGUCCGAAGAGGGGCAAAGUUCACGAAUACGUUUAAAAAUUGA